GUAAUGGAUGCGACGCGUAUAACAGAUGGCGCGUUCGUAUCUUUGAAGAGAAUUAAUCUCACGGAACACCCCAACGAGAUAGAUAUUGCCCAUUAUUUCUCUUCCGAACCUCUCAUCUCCGAUCGCCGCAAUCAUUGCGCUCGUGUUCUAGAUGCUUUGGAAGUACCAGACAAUGACAAUGAAAAGCUGUUGGCCAUGCAGCUUUUAAGGCCUUGGAAUAACUCUCGAUUCAAGACAUACGGGGAGGCAGUUGGAUUCUUUGCUCAAAUAUUCCAAGGCCUCGAGUUCAUGCAUGAGCAUGGUGUUGCUCACCGUGAUUGUACCCUCAAUAAUAUCAUGAUGGGCACGUCGGCUAUGUACCCCAAUUCUUUCCAUCCCGUAGACAUGAAGUGGAACAGAAACUGGAAGGGCAAUGCCAGGCAUCACACGCGCACGCGGCGUCCACCUAGAUACUACUUCAUUGACUAUGGCCUUUCGCACCGAUACAAUCCUGAAGAUGGCCCUGCUUUGGAGUUGCCCAUGAGGGGCGGCGACAAAUCAGCGCCAGAGCACGCAGAUUCCAAUUAUAACACACCAUGCGACCCGUUCGCUACUGACAUAUAUUAUCUGGGCAACCUGAUCCGCGACAGGUUCAUAAAGGUUAAUAUGCCCCAUUCCUUGCAGAAAAAAUACGGCUACGAAUUUAUCGAGCCGCUUGUGGCCGACAUGGUCAAGGAGGACUUGGCCAAGCGUCCAACCAUCGGCGAAGUAGUCUCC